UAAUAAAAUGGAUUUUACCGACAAAGUAGUACUAAUCACUGGAGCUAGUUCGGGCAUCGGUGCCGCUACUGCUGUAUAUUUAGCAAAACUGUCCGCUAAACUAGCACUUGUUGGACGAAAUGAAAAAAACCUGUUAGAAACAGUCGCAAUGUGUGAAAAGGAAAAAGGUUUAAAACCUUUGGCUAUUGUUGCAGAUAUUACGAAGGAAGCCGAUGUGGAGAGAAUUAUAAAAGAAACAGUAGACCACUUCAAGCAACUUGACGUGUUAGUUAAUAAUUCUGGAAUUUCAAAAACAGGUGGAAUCAAAUCUGCAACUCUGGAAACAUAUGAUAUUGUAAUGAACACAAAUGUACGAGGUACCUUCUAUCUCACAUCAUUAGCAGUACCACAUCUGAUUAAGACAAAAGGAAAUAUCGUUACAGUAUCAAGUAUAUCUUCAUCGCAGCCUAUCCCAAAUAUGACAGUAUAUACAAUGUCAAAGGCCGCAUUGGAUCAUUUUACUAGAAAUCUCGCUGUAGAAUUAGGACCAGACGGUGUGCGUGCAAACUGUGUCAAUCCAGGUUUAGUAGCAACUAACAUAGUCAAACGAAUGGGUUAUAAUGACGAUCAGUGUAAUGCAUUAUUUGAAAGAAUGGUAAAAGAAACACCUUUGGGAAGAUUAACUGAACCCAUUGAUGUGGCUGCUUUAAUUAGUUUUCUAGCAAGUGAUCUAGCUAAAAGUAUUACCGGCUCCACACAUUCAAUCGACGCAGGAAGGUAUGUGUAAAACUAAACGUGUAACAUGUCACUUACGCGGAGAUGUGAUUCAAGGAAUGGAAAUAACAUAAUAAUACUUUAAUACAGUUACCGUUUACAAUAUCUUAAUUCAAUUAUAAGUCAAUAUAUAUUAAUGUUCUAUGUUCUCGUUUAAAAAAUGCUUGUGUAUUGCCUUGUCAUCAAAAGGAAUAUAAAUAAACUAUAAACUAAUACUUCAGGAACGGACAUCACAUUGCAUAUAUGUAUUUCAUAAUGUAUAAUGAUUUAAGUAUAUUAUCUGUAAACCUAUUAGUGGCAAAAUACGUAUUGCUGUAUUCCUGAAUAUGAUGUUUUUU